UGGAUAUUGGCUACAAGUGCCAAUAUCCCGCCGCCGUCUAAACCCAAUACCCAAGGCCGCAAGCAGAGGAAGACAUGGAUUCGACGUCGUUUGGGGAGGUCAAGGCUCAAGACGAGGAUGCGAAAAAAGUCCAUACAAUACGAGAAGUUUGGCCAAGGAAGUUGUGCAAUGCAAUAGCAAUUAGUUAGGAGGCUCCUUCCCCUUCUCCGUAUGAACCCAAAUGAAUUUGAUUACAAUUCAAACCUUAGUGAAUAAAACAUUACUCUCCCCACUUCGAUUGAUUUCAUCUGUCGCGACAGCAGACAAGGCGUCGAAUUUUUCCUUCAGCAAAGUUGAAACUUCCUCUCUACUCGAUCCUCUACAGUUACUCAAUGAUUAUGUAAAAUCAAGAAAAUGCUCUUUGAAAAACACCAAAGUUAUGCACGCAAAGUUGCUCAGGGCAACUCUUCUUCAUUCCAGUAUCUAUGUUACAAAUUCUUUGCUAGAUUGCUACUCAAAGUCUGGUGCUAUGGACAAUGCACUCAAGUUAUUUGAUAAAAUGCUCCACCUAAAUGUCAUUUCUUGGAAUAUCAUGAUCUCGGGUUUCAACCAAAACUUCUUAUUUUUGGAGUCGUGGAGAACAUUUUGCAGGAUGCAUUUCUUGGGGUUCGAACCCAGCGAGAUAACAUAUGGGAGUGUUUUAUCGGCUUGUGCUGCCAUGCAAGCUCCAAUGUUUGGUAAGCAGAUUUAUUCACUUGUAGUGAGAAAUGGGUCUUUUGUCAAUGGUUACGUUCGAGCAGGGAUGAUCGAUUUAUUUGCUAAAGAUUCCAGUUUUCCGGAUGCUCUAAGGGUGUUUAAUGACGUGGAUUGUGAGAAUGUGGUGUGUUGGAAUGCCAUUGUCUCUGCAGCUGUAAGAAAUGGUGAGAAUUCGGUGGCUUUGGAUCUUUUCAACACAAUGUGUAGUGGGUUUUUGGAGCCUAAUAGUUUCACAUUUUCCAGUGUUCUAACUGCGUGUGCUGCAGUUGAAGAUCUUGAAUUUGGUAAAAGAGUUCAGGGGAGAGUGAUUAAAUGUGGCGGAGAAGAUGUCUUUGUAGAGACAGCCCUGAUUGAUUUGUACGCCAAGUGUGGAGAUAUCGAUGAAGCUGUUAAGACAUUCUUGCAGAUGCCCAUUCGCAAUGUGGUCUCCUGGACUGCCAUAAUAUCUGGUUUUGUUCAGAAGAAUGAUUGUUUUAUGGCCCUCAAAGUUUUUAAAGAUAUGAGAAAUUUGGGAGAAGAAAUUAACAGCUACACAGUUACUAGCGUGUUAACUGCAUGUGCUAAUCCAGCCAUGAGAAAAGAAGCAAUCCAACUCCACUCCUGGAUUCUAAAAGCUGGAUUUUUGUCAUAUGCAGUGGUGGUAUCUGCUUUAAUUAACAUGUAUUCAAAAAUAGGAACUAUCGAUCUUUCUAUGAUGGUUUUUAGAGAGAUUGACGAUCAAAGGAAUCUCAGUUCUUGGGCAGCUAUGAUAACUUCAUUUGCACAGAAUAUGGAUAAAGAGAAAGCAAUUGAACUGUUUCAAAAGAUGUUACAGGAAAGUAUAGGACCAGAUACAUUUUGUACUUCCAGUGUCUUGAGUGUGACAGACUGUAUUACUUUUGGGAGACAGAUACACUGCUACACACUUAAAACUGGAUUAAUAUUUGAUGUUUCUGUUGGCAGUUCUCUUUUCACAAUGUAUUCCAAAUGUGGCUAUCUAGAGGAAGCUUUUCAGUUUUUUGAAAACAUGCCAAAGAAGGACAGUGUUUCAUGGGCAUCAAUGAUUUCCUGUUUUUCAGAACAUGGCUAUGCAAAAGAGGCCAUUCAUUUAUUUAGAAAAAUGUUGUUCGAAGAAUAUGUACCUGAUCAUAUUACUUUAAGUGCAGUCCUAACUGUAUGUUCUGUUCUUCAUUCUAUUCAAAUAGGUAGAGAAAUUCAUGGUUACUCGGUUCGUGUGGGACUUGGCAAAGAUGUAGCUAUUGGUGGUCCGCUUGUGACGAUGUACUCGAAAUGUGGAAACCUGGAACUGGCUAGGAGGGUGUUUGAAACAUUGCCCCAGAAGGAUCAAAUUGCAUGCUCUUCAUUGGUUUCAGGAUAUGCUCAGCACAAGCGCAUUCAAGAGGCACUUUCUUUAUUCUGUGAUCUGCUGGUGCCUGGUUUAGCCAUUGAUCCCUUCUCAGUCUCAUCCAUACUGGGAGCCAUUGCAGUUUUGGAUAGGCCUGGCAUUGGGGCUCAACUCCAUGCACUCAUAAUGAAAGUAGGCUUGGAGAAAGAUGUUUCUGUUGGGAGUUCGCUGGUAAUGGUAUACUCCAAAUGUGGAAGUAUAGAAGACUGCUGCAAGGCAUUUGAGCAGAUUGGAAAACCUGAUUUGAUUGGCUGGACCGCCAUGAUUGUGAGUUAUGCUCAGCAUGGGAAAGGUGCAGAGGCUUUAUGUGUCUAUGAACUUAUGAAGAAAGAAGGAAUCAAGCCUGAUCCAGUCACCUUUGUUGGAGUUUUGUCUGCUUGUAGCCAUAAUGGUUUGGUUGAUGAAGCUUAUUUUCACCUCAAUUCAAUGGUGAAAGACUAUGGAAUACAGCCAGGGUAUCGACAUUAUGCUUGUAUGGUAGAUCUGCUUGGUCGGUGUGGGAGACUGAAAGAGGCAGAAGAACUGAUUAACAAUAUGCCAAUUGAACCUGAUGCUCUCAUCUGGGGAACGCUUCUAGCUGCUUGUAAAGUACAUGGAGAUAUUGAAUUUGGAAAACUAGCAGCAAAAAAGGUGAUGGAGUUGAAGCCAUGUGAUACUGGUGCUUAUGUCUCUCUUUCCAAUAUCUGUGCUGAUAUGGGCUUGUGGGAAGAAGUCCUGAACAUUAGAAGCCUUAUGAAGGGAGCUGGAGUGACUAAGGAACCUGGUUGGAGCUUUUUGUAAGAUGCUACUAUGCAUAGUUGGUAAGUUCUUAUAGCUAAGGUUUUUCCCUUUUUGUUUGCAUGUCCUGAUUUUAUUGUAAAAGGUCCUUGGCAAGAAUACCAAUUAACUGCAGUUUAAACUAUUGAAGAGAUAGCAAAACAGCAAAUGAUGCAAUGUGCUGACCCUAUUGAUUCUGAUUUCAUCCCAUGUUCUAUUCUGGAAGCCUAGAUCAUUACGACAGACAUUGGAAAAACUUACGAGACAAGCCAAGGCGGAAGGCACUUGGCUAUCAUUUAUGCAGGCAUUGCUUCGUUUUUUGGUACCAAAUAAGAGAAUUCAGCCUAUCAUUUACCAUUAUGGAUCAAGUAAAAUGAAGAAUGCUGAAAUUGCAGAUUGUACUCAGAAGUUGGAAUAUCCGUCAAGUGCAUCAGCUAGUCUUUCUAUUUUGUUGUAGAUUGGCAGAUGCAGAGGAUGGGAGUUUCUUCAUGGCCCGCUACAAAUAAUCGCAUUCUAGGCUAUUUGGGGAAUGUGGAAAUUCCCACCCAUACAAAUACAUCUUCAUUUAGUCCCGGCUUGAGUAAAUUUUGUGAUGGGUGCAGGCGAGUGUAUAGUAAAAUACUCUGAUAAUUUGUCUCAACAUGUUACUUGCGCUCUUUUUAAAGUUAUGUUGUGUAUCAAAUGGAUAAUCAAAUGGCCAUGUUUUCUUACAUGUAGUUCACUGCUAGAAAACUAGGCUUCUUUGUCCAAGGAUGUGAUGCUAUUAUAUAAUUUGGACUCUCACUCUUAUAAGUCGUUCUUCGUUUUGUUUCAUUUUUUCUUGUGGACAGAUUACCGAUCUGGAAAAGGAAAGAGACUUUUACUUUCCAAAGUUAUGGGACAGAGAAAUAUUUUGUCAGAUGCCUGAACUAGAAGACCUCCCGAUGGCAACAGCAAUCAAGAUGAUAUGUAUGCAGCAACUUUGACCAAAACUCAUGUCCCAAUGUUGAGUCCAUAGUUAGAGGGGCUUUGAAGCAGAAAUUUGAGCAGACUUUUGUGACUGCCCCUGCCACUUUAAGGCUCUCCUUCCAUGAUUGUUUUGUUAGAGGGUUUGACACCAUGAUCAAAGCUAAGGCUGCUGUUGAAGGCGUGCCGAGGGUGUAAGAACAAGGUGUCUUCUGCUGAUAUCUUGACUUUGGCUACUAGAGAUGUUGUAGUUUUGGUACGCAAAAAGUGUGCGAGAACUGGUUUCCCCUGUUCAACAAAUUGACGUCUUUAGCAUUUGGGAACGGAAAAAAGGAGUGUAAUGAAGGAAAACAGGGCGAACGGAGGAGGUGGCGGUGGGGGUGUCGAAGUGGGCGGCGGCGUUGCUGUUGCUGGAGGCAGUAGCGAAAAUUCGACACGUCGUUUGCCGGCCCACACUGGCACCUUCAAGUUACAACAAAAUCGAAUUUCUCAAAUCUCAUCACCCGCCGUCCGAUCCGACCCGAGAUAAAGCUGCGGAAGAAACAAAACCCAGUUUUAAGGUUUCAGAAAAGUUGAGAUUGAAGCAGAGAAGAAGAAAAGAAAGGUAAAUAUCCCAAAUCCAAUGUUACUCCACAAUAACGAAACUACUACUCUUUCUUCUUCAGCAGCAAAUUCGUUGGUGGUGGCAUCUCCUGGACACCACCAAAAUUCACAGAUCGUAGACCCGCGUGUUUAACUUUUAAUUUGAAGUUUAUCUUUUAGAAUCGAAAGUCUAGAGGAUGCAAGUUUGGGGGUUUAAACUUUAUUUAUUCUAGCAAUUUAUAACUAUUAU